CAUAGCUCUAAUUAGCAUUCAUUUCUUGAUCCUGACCCAUGGAAAAAUGCUAUGAACUAAAUUCAUGUCGUGUGAUCUGUUCACUAACCCAAUCUAUGCUCUCUUCCACAAUUUGACUCGUCCAAACUCCGCCUUUUCCUGGCAACGCUGGACAUUUUCUCCUGAAAGAACAACACAAUCCGUGCACAUCAUCCAUGCAGGUCAGUGCAUUACUUCGACUCGUACAUCCGCCCCCCUUUGCCUGCUCACCUCCACGGGGAACGCCCACUCGGCAUGACCAGCUCACCGUGCCCCUGUCCAUCGUAACCCUGUGAUCAUGUCGUCCACCCGUGGGGCCAGUGCCCAGGAUCACGUCAUGUCUUCCGCCUUUCGAGGUCACCAUCACCACCACCACCAUCAUCAUCAUCAUCACCGGAGUUCCUCGUCGGUCAAGUCGGAUUUGCUCGAGCUAUCGCGGCAUUUGCGGCAAGAACGGCUCUACGUUCAGCACGAGAAGGAGCAGCUUCAGGAAUUGAACCAAAAGGUCAAAUUGGCCGGUGAGAAACUGGCCCACAAGGCCUGGGUGGCCCAUCAGCAACGCGAGAAUCUGGACACGCUGAUUUUGCCCCCGCGAAAUGGUCAGACUUUUGAGAGCUACUCGCCCGCGGUCUGUUGUCAACGGGCCAAUUUGCUGGAACGGACCGUGUUCCAGGAUGCAUACAAGCAGCUCAAUUACCGCGAGAUCCAUUACUCGGAGUUCUUGCACAACUUACGGGAGAAGCCCAAAUUUUUGGCCGUGUGCAUGACGGUGGGCGACAAGGUGGGCUCGGCCCUUAUGAGUGAAAUCAUCUCGACCGUGUUUUCCGGACUGUAUGGCAGCUGUCUCAUGGAGGAGGAUGAGCAGUUGGUGUUGAAGUUGUUGCAUCACUUGCUCAAACUUCAACUCACGUCGGCGCCCAAUCCGCGGAAGAUGUUGCGACAAGGUCAUUGCGCUUUCAGCCGGCUGUACAAGUCGUUCACCGAGGAGCUCUUCUCGGCCAAGAUCUUUCUCACCUCAGCUUUGUAUGAUCCGAUCUUACGUUUGCUGACCGAGGACGAGAUCUUUUUGGAUAUUGAUCCGGCCAAGGCCAUUAUUCGGUUCCCACCCAGUGAGCGAAUCAAAAAGUUUGGGCCCGAAGACUCGCCGGAAUUUCAGGUCAAACUCCAGGAACAUCGGCGAUUUAUCGUGGGCAAACUGGAAACGCUCACCAACGCUUUCAUAAGUGGCAUUCGGAGCAAUCUUCAUUGUUUCCCGCCCAGUUUGGCUCGCCUCUUGCGCACGGUUUUUUCGUUACUCAUGGCUUCAGGGCGAGCCGAACCCCGUGAAGUUAACGCCGUGUGUGUGGAUCUCAUUUUUGAUCUCUUCAUUUGUCCGGCCAUGGUAGACCCGAAUCCGGUGGGAAUCAUUGACACGCCCAUAUCGUACAUAGCCCGAUCGAACUUGAUGCAAGUGGCGCAGAUCCUGCAAGUGUUGUGUCUUUGGAAGUGGGAGGAGAUCGAUCCCCGACUGAUGGAUCUUUACUCACGAUUCGAUAAGGAGAGCAUGUCCUCCGUUCUCGAGGCAAUGUUGGAAGCGGGCGAGAUGUCGGAAGAAGCGCAGGAAAUUAAUGAGAUGGCUGGAACCUCUCGUAUGGAUCUGACCUCUGAAGGCAGUCGAUUGGCUCGAUUGGCCCUCCUGAUGACCCGAUCGCAAUUGGAAGGGCUCAUCGCCUUCUUAAAGAGUCUUCAACACACCAACGAUCAUGGGCAAGAGCUCGACCUGAACGAGUUGAAUGGGCUCCUAUCCUCGCUCCCCGAUGCCUUACCUGGUUCCAAUCCAGCCACCAUCAAUAACAACAACGAAGCCAGUACAUCGAAGCUUGGCAAGCCCGACGAGUCUUUCAUGAACUCGGAUUCCCUGCGCGCGAAGAAGCAGGCUCUGUCGGCCCGAUUUUCCACCGCUGUCAACACAGUGUCGAAUGUGAGCCGUCAAGCCGUCAUUGGAGCGCCCCGACGAAGCGAAAGCUUUCCGAGCACCCACAACGAUGAUUCCAAUCAAGUCUCGCCCAACUCAUCCGCCAGCUUGAGUAAUAAUAACAUGAAUAACGAAAAUGGAGGUGAAGACCUCAGCCGCUUGAAGCGGGAUCCCGAGACUGUUCUGGUGAUUCCCUUGCUAGAUAGCUCGGAGGCCGAGCCGCCAGGUUUUUUAACCGAAGAACACGUCCUCACCCGAAGUCGUCAAGCCAGUCGUGUGGUGAGGAUGAACUUGGCCAACUUGCCGGGAGGUAGUGGUUCGGAUCCCGCCGAGGAAGGUGCCAAUUUCAUGUCAGGGGUGGCUGGAGAAAAGCGAACGCGAUUCUCACUGUCCCAUGAUGAUGGAAGCAUUGGCAACACAUCGGAUAACUUGGAAGCCAUAUCGGAGGCGGCCUCGAAUCACUCGGUAGACUCGAGCUUAGAAGACGAAGUGGAACAAGCAGAGGAUCCGAUUGUGGAUAACCUCUCAGAUAUGGUGUCAGCCAAUGUAAGUGGCCGUGGGACACCCAACGUGAGCGGUCGAGACACGCCCUCGAGCCAAGUGACCAAUGAAGACGAAAUCAACCCGGCACGCGAAGAUGAGGUGGAUAAUGCCAAUCAAGAGGUUGGUCCUGAGAAUGGAAAUCCCGCACCCGAACCCAUCAAUGAACGUCAUCAACCUAUGGGACCUCAUGGCGCGGGUCGAGGCGCACAAGGUGGCAAUCAAAAUAUUGUACGACCCCGACCGAUGAUGGGGGGAGGCGGUCGAAAGAGUGGAGAACCUGAUCUUGAAGAAAAAUUCGGUAGAUUCGAGAUCAAGCCACCGCCUCGGCCUUCGAAUGCCACUGUGGGUGGAGGACCCUCAAGUGAGCAAGGCGACGAAACUCGUUCCAUGGUCUCCGACACUUGGUCCACUGAUGUUUUGUCAAGUGAUACGGAAACCACUACCGGUGAUGGGGAUCGAUCUGGAAUUCCCGGGGAUUUGGAAGAGUUAGCAAGGAAUCGGCUACUGGACGAACUUGUAGUUCCCCCGGCAUCCGCUGGAUCCUUGAGCAAUGCGUCGAGCAAUCUGCUUGAUAUUGUUGAGACUGCUUCCGAGGCAUGGUCCAUGGAUGUUUUGGCUUCGGAUAGCGAGAGUUUGCGUCUCGGGGACCUGGAUAACGACGAUGCGGGAAGCGUUGCUCGGUCCGAUGACACUCGAUUCACUGACGAUACAACGAGAAGCGAUCCUGAGACGCUCCUUGAUAUUGGAGGAUCUUCCAGCAAAUUCCGUGUCAAAGAUGAUCCCGCGUCUCUCAAAGGCAAUCUGUUGAGACCAUCCCGGGAAGCAGCCAUUGAACAAUGGGCUCGGCAAUCCAGUGCUGGACGAGGAACCCCGCCCCAUAACCUCGUGGGUAGUGGCUCACUUCCACGCCGUGGUAGUGACUCCUCCGGAAUCUCCUUUGAAGCAGCUCGAGCAGCUAAAAGAGGAAAUCAAGCAGUAUCCGAAGGCAGUAUUCUUAAAAAGUCCACGUCCAGGGGAGUUGUUCCCAUUGGUGGCCCAUCUACAUCAGAGGAAUCUAGCGAGGCCAUUGCCAACUUGACUUCCCAUCUGAGUGUGGCAAGUAUCGCUUCUAGUUGUGAGAGCUCCGGCGACUCUGGAGAGGGGAAGUCAAGAUCCAAUUCGACUGUGGCCUCCCUACCGACAGGAGGUGCGGUAAUCAAUUCUCAGCCUAGUCUUUUAGACUCGGACAACCCUCCAUUGAUCCCGCAACAGGGAGGCCGAAGUGCACCUUCGUCGUCGACUGGUGCAAUUCCAAAAAGUAUAAGCUUCGACAAGGCCGUGUAUGAUGCGGCAUUUGAUAGCGAUCACGCAAAAGGAGGGCAGCAUAAGCGUGGCGGAGAUCGGAGUUUCUUCAAGAGUUUCAAAUUACCCAAGAUUGGUCGAAAUCGAGGUGGGGGCAAUGCCAGCUUGGGCACCAUGGGCGGCCCAUUGGUUAGCCGAAGUGGCUCGAUCAAAUCGGACGAGUACUUACGCUCUUCCGAGAGACUCACGAGUGAUGAUUCAUUCAACAUUCCCGAACACGAAGAAGGGCCCAUGUUACGCCGGGUGGCAUCUGAUGAAACUUCUGAUGACAUAUUGGCCAAGUAUCGGAAGAAAGCCGCCGCCCAAGUGGAUUCUGCCCCUGAUUCAACGACCUCCAACGAUGCCGUGGAUGGAGGCGGAGAUUUGAGCAUGAAUGAAGAGCAAGACGAGCGACUCGUGAUUGACCCUUCGAACAUAGAAGGCUCCUACGCCUUCCAAGAUGCCAAGAGGAAAUUGAGGCUCAUGUUGUCAGAUGCGGAUAUUACCACUUUGUCCAAUUUGCCCAUCAGUUCCAUGAAAAAGAUGGAUGGACGCGGGAGCAAUGGUGCGGCAGUGCAAAAUAAGAAUAGUAACAAUCAUCCUCAACAGCCCCACCAAGAUAACGAGAUUGUCUGGUUCCUCCGGGUUCAAUUGGCGGAAUCACACAACUUGCAAGAUCGAAGCCGAAUCGCGCAAUUGCACGAGACCUUACGUUGUGUCGAACUCUUUGACUCGGAGGGUUGCCGGAAAUUGGUCCGAUCCCUUCGAGACGAUUACAAGCGUCGUGCUCCCUACUUGAACUACCUUUUAAGAAGUCGCCAGGGACUCCUGUCCACGUUGGCUCAUCAAAAGACCCUUUUGGGUCGCAUGGAGGGCGAAGAACGUGUUUGCUCUCAAUAUCUUGUCUCCGUGUGCGUGAGACUAUUCCUUGAACGUCGCGAAAAGCUCAUGCAACAAUUCAUGUUCCAAUUCCGGGAGAUCAUUGUGUCGGAUGAGCGAAUCGCUCUCAUGGAGCGGUUCCUCGCCAGUUUAGCCUCUCAAAUGGACGAAGACCCUGCGUGGGCUUUGGUGGCGAGUGAGGAGCAAAACAUUUUGGCUCGACUCACCAUUGAACGAGCCGUGGUCAGUCAGAUUUAUGUGCAUGCUAUGUAUCCAAAUGGGGAGGCCGAUAUCUCUCGGGACGAGGUCUUGAACGCCCACAUUCACCGGUUGUCAGACGUGAUCACGCCCAACCACCGCGACCUUAAAAUCCCGCGUCAUUACCAAUACGAGCAACCUUGGCCGUCUGCCCAAGCCGAGAUUCGCCGAUUGGCCGCAUACAAGACACCGAGUGACAAGGUCGCUUGUGUGACACGUUGCUCACAAACGAUCAUGAAUCUGUUAGCCUUGUCCUCGAACAAAUCCGUGCCGGCUGCCGACGAUUUCGUGCCGGUGAUGGUGUUUGUUCUAAUCAAGGCCAAUCCGGCUAGUCUUUUAUCAACGGUUCAAUAUGUGGACAGCUAUUUCGGAGAGCGCAUGAAGGGCGAAGACCAAUAUUGGUGGAUGCAAUUCGUGGCCGCCAUCGAGUUCAUCAAGACCAUGGACUAUGGAAAUUAAUCAUCAUGUCUCCAUGAGACUCUCCUUGACCAAAUUAGUCCCUUCAAAUAUGUUUAUCCCCAUGUACACCCGUGUGAACAAAGUGACACACUGAAAAAAAAAGACAAAAAACUACUACCACACUUCAAUUUGAAUAUAUUUAUUUUAACCAAAAUCAAACUUAA